CCAUGUUAUUGACAUACAAAGAAUUUUUAAAGAAUGCUAAGAUAAUACUUGGUUCAUAAAGUAAAGGAAGAUAGGGAUUACUAAAAAUGAUUGAUUUAUUUAAAUUUGAAGUAUUUCCUUCUACAUUUGAAGAAAAUCUAGAUAAAUAACUUGAUCCAACAACUUAUGUUUAAAAAACAUGCGAAGGUAAAGUAAUUAAUCUUCUUGAAACAUUCAAAUAAAAUAAUUAGGAAUGGGAUAUUUGUAUAUUUGCAGAUACUGUAUGUGAAAUAAAUGGUAAAAUUAUAGAAAAACCAAAUGAUAAAGAAGAAGCAUCUAAUUUUUUAAAGUUAUUCAGUAAUUCAUUACAUUUAGUACAUACUUGUGUUUAUGUGGUUGGAAAAAAUGAAAAAAAUGAAAUAUUCUAAGUGAAUGGAAUAGAAACCACAGAAGUCCAUUUUUAAUAUUUACCUGAAAAGAGUAUUCAAACUUAUGUUGAUGAUGAAUCGAAUUGGAAAGGAAGAGCAGGAGGAUAUGCUAUAUAAGCUCUGGGUAAUAUGUUCAUUAAGAAAAUAAAUGGGUAAUUAUAAUUCAAAAUUAUAAAGUGAUUAUUCUAAUGUUAUUGGAUUGCCUUUACCAAUAUUAGAUAAAUUGAUGUCUUAAGUAAUAGAAUUUUUGAUGAAGAAGGAUUGAGU